AUGUCAGACUACUCAGACGAGUCAUUUUCAGAUGACUCUUUUUCAGACAUCGAAGUCAUGGAGCCGAAGAAGAAGUCAAAGGCUUCAAGAACACCGCUCUCAGACUCUUCUUCUACUAACACGGCCCCAACGUCUAAUGGUUCAGCUCUGAACGCCUCGGCCCAGUACCAGAAGUUGUCGCAGCUAGAACAUAUUUUGAAACGUCCCGAUACGUACAUUGGGUCUGUGGAGAAGAAUGAGGUGGAAAUAUGGCACUAUGAUGCGGAAAGCGACCUGAUGAAGUUCUCCAAGGUGACGUUUGUGCCUGGGUUGUAUAAGAUCUUUGAUGAAAUCUUGGUCAAUGCUGCCGAUAACAAGAUCAGAGACCCCAAGAUGAAGAACAUCAAGGUGGACAUCGAUCCCGAAAAUAACACCAUCAGCGUGAUGAACGACGGGAAAGGUAUCCCUGUGGAGGUCCACGAUAAGGAGAAUAUGUACAUUCCAGAGAUGAUCUUUGGUAAUUUGCUUACAUCUUCGAACUAUGAUGAUGAUGAGAAGAAGGUUGUGGGUGGUAGAAACGGGUUUGGCGCCAAGCUUUGCAAUAUCUUCUCCACGGAAUUUACGGUGGAGACUUCUGACCAAAAUACAAAACUAGUGUACACACAAACGUGGACAGAUAACAUGUCCAAAGUCUCCAAGCCCAGAAUCACGAAAGCGAAAAAUAAAAAAGAAUACACCAAAGUCACGUUUAAGCCCGACUUGUCCAAGUUUAGUAUGGAUUCCCUAGACAACGAUAUCCUUUCGGUGCUCCGCCGAAGAGUGUACGACUUGUGUGGUACCGUAAAGGAUUGCAAUAUCUUUUUGAAUGAGAAGAAACUCAAUAUUCGUAACUUCAAAAGCUAUGUCGAGAUGUACGUGAAGGCUAUCCAAGAAAGUUCCCCAGAUAUCGCUAUCGAAAACGAAGCUAAUAACCGUACUCCUAUCGUUCACGAGGUGAUCAACGACAGAUGGGAACUAGCGUUUGCCGUCAGUGACGGUAACUUCAACCAAGUGAGCUUUGUUAACUCCAUCGCCACCACUGCUGGUGGUACUCACGUCAAGUACGUCACCGAUCAGAUCAUCAACAAGCUCAUAGACGAGCUUAAUAAGGGCAAGAAAGGUAAAAAGGCAAUGAUUAAGCCCCAACAAAUUAAGAGUAACAUGUUCAUUUUCGUAAAUUGUUUGAUCGAAAACCCAGCCUUCACGUCUCAGACAAAAGAACAACUCACAACUAAGCCAUCUGAGUUUGCUUCCAAGGCCAAAGAUAAGGUUGUUAUCAGUGAUCAGUUCAUCAAGAAGCUUUCGAAAACGAGUAUCGUUGAAACGAUUCAAAGGAUCGUUGAUGCCAAUGAAGGCAAGGCAUUGCAGAAAGAUGAUGGUAAGAGAAGAACGCGUAUCAAGGGUCAGGCUAAGUUGGUUGACGCUAACAAGGCUGGUACCAAAGAGGGAUACAAGUGUACUCUUAUUUUGACAGAAGGUGACUCUGCUAAGUCCUUAGCUGUGGCAGGACUCUCCGUCGUGGGUAGAGAUUACUACGGGUGCUUCCCACUUCGUGGUAAGUUAUUAAACGUGAGAGAUGCAUCAACAGAGAUGAUUGCUAAGAAUGCAGAAAUCACCGCUCUUAAGCAAAUUAUCGGUUUGCAGCACAGAAAGGCCUAUAAUCGUGACAACAUCAAGGAUUUGAGAUAUGGUCAUGUUAUGAUCAUGACGGAUCAGGAUCACGACGGGUCGCAUAUCAAAGGCUUGCUCAUCAAUUUCUUCGAGACAAGUUUCCCUGGGCUUCUUAAUAUUGAUGAGUUUCUAUUGGAGUUCAUCACGCCAAUUGUUAAAGUGUCGAUUAAAAACAGAGGAAGAGGAGGUGACACUAAAAUUCCAUUCUACUCGAUGCCUGAAUUUGAGCAAUGGCGAGAAACUGAGGGAAAGAACUGCCGAUGGACUCAUAAAUACUACAAGGGUUUGGGUACCUCGACAACGACAGAAGCUAGAGAGUACUUUUCCAAAUUGGAUAAGCAUUUGAAGUACUUCCAUGCCCUUCAGGACCAAGACUCGAGUUUGAUUGAAUUAGCGUUUUCGAAGAAAAAAGCUGAUGAUCGUAAGGAGUGGUUACUAGGUUUUCAACCGGGCACUUACCUUGAUUCUGACUUGACCACCAUUCCUAUCAGUGAGUUUAUCAACAAAGAAUUAAUUUUGUUCUCCAUGGCUGACAACAUAAGAUCCAUUCCUUCUGUACUAGAUGGCUUUAAACCUGGACAGCGUAAGGUAUUGUACGGUUGCUUCAAGAGAAACCUUAAGAAUGAAAUGAAGGUCGUUAACCUAGCUGGUUACAUCAGUGACAAGACAGGUUAUCACCAUGGUGACCAAUCUUUAGUCCAGACUAUUAUCGGUUUGGCUCAAAACUUUAUCGGCUCUAACAACAUCAAUCUCCUCAAGCCAAAUGGUGCUUUCGGAACAAGAGCUGCUGGUGGAAAGGAUUUCUCUGCUGCAAGAUAUAUUUUCACCCAAUUGAUGGAAAUCACAAGAAAGGUCUUCAACCCGUUAGAUGAUCCAUUGUACACGUAUGUUCAGGAUGAUGCUCAAACCGUUGAGCCCGAAUGGUACUUGCCUGUGAUUCCCAUGAUAUUGGUUAAUGGUGCUGACGGUAUUGGUACUGGUUGGUCGACCAACAUUCCAUCUUACAACCCUCUCGAUAUCGUUGCCAACAUCAGAAGACUUAUGGCUGGCGAGGAAGUUCAAGAGAUGUAUCCAUGGUACAAAGGUUGGGAAGGUGAUGUUGAGAAGGUUAGUGAGGGAAAGUACAAGCUCACUGGACGCAUUGAACAGAUCGACGACAAAACGUUAGAAAUCACAGAGAUUCCCGUCAAAUCGUGGACAAAUAAUGUGAAGGAGUUUUUGUUGGAUGGUGUGAACUCUGAUAAGCCUUGGAUCAAAGAUAUGGAGGAGCAGCAUGCCGCAGGUAUUCGAUUUGUCAUAAAGUUGACUCCAGCAGAGAUGGAGAAGUCUCACCAAGUUGGUUUACUUGAACGCUUCAAGUUGAUCUCGACAGUGUCCACUGGUAACAUGGUUGCCUUCGACCCAUCAGGCCGUAUCAAGAAGUACGAAAGUGCAAGCGACAUUUUGAAGGAUUUCUAUUUUGUGCGCUUAGAAUACUACCAAAAGAGAAAGGAUCACUUGUCGGAAGAUUUGCUGAACCAAUUGAUGAGGUUGAGCGAACAAGCACGCUUCAUCAAGUUGAUCAUUGAUAAGCAAUUGAGUGUGUCAAACAAGAAAAGGGCCCUUUUGGUUGAGCAGUUGAUCGAGAUGAACUUUGCUCGUUUCGACAAGCAUGGUCGUCGUGUGAAUGCUAACGAAGGCGGUGACUUAUUUGUGGAAGCCGAGGAGGCGUUGCAGGAGGAGGAAGAAGAAGUUGGUGAUGUAAGUCUACUUAAUUCCAGAGGUAUCAACGACUUGGAAGAAGAGGAUGAAAGUGAGCACAAACCGGAAAACAUCUAUACUCAGUAUGACUAUUUACUUGGUAUGUCCCUUUGGUCGUUGACAAGAGAAAGAUACGAAAAAUUGUUGAAGCAGAGAGAUGAGAAAGAAGCUGAGCUCAACUUAUUGUUGAGCAAGAGUGCCAAGGAUUUGUGGAACGAAGACCUUGAAGUCUUUGAGACCGCAUGGGAGAAGUUUUUAGCUGAGGACGAGAAGGAGAGGUUCAGUAUGAUCGGCGGUACCAAGGGUUCUAAGACAGCGGCCAAGAAAAGACGAAAGGCCGUAAAAGACGAAGACGAAGACUACGGGGUGCCCAAAAAGAAAACGAAGAAAGUCACGCCGCCAAAACUGAGCACACCUAAGCCAACGGUCAAGCAAGAGCCAGGUACGAUGGCUAAAAGUAAGACGCAGAAGCAGCUUCCAUUUGUUAAGUCCGAGUCGCCCGCUACAAACCCAAAGCCCACAGCUCCUGAGGAUAACCUCCUUACGUUCUUCAGCAAGCCCAAAGAGAAGAAGGUGGACAAAUCAAAGAAGAAGACGUAUAUGUUCGGUGACAGUUCCGACGACGAGAUAAUCGAGAGGGUGUCACGCACAAUUGAGGAUUCUGAUGGUGAUGAGGUCAGUGCCAGCACCAGUAAAGGCUCCUCUAGAAACAGCACCAGCUCGCCUGAGAUCGGGAGCAAGGCAAAAGCCAAACCAAAAGCUCUGGCCAAACCCAAGACCAAAGUGUCAUCUGCGGGGCUGGACAGCGAACUCGAUGACUUGAUGAUUGUGGGGGAAAAGUCACCGCCACGCAGGAAGAGAACGCUGGUGAGCUACCAGGUGGAGGAGUUGCUGCUGCUGUCUGAACAAGAGGAGUCUGAGUCAGAAGACUAUACUGACGGCGAUUAG